AUGUUGUUAAUGGAUUAGAAAUAGUACCAUUAUUACUUGAUCAUACUUGGUCAUACGAUCAUUCAAUCUGUUUGUUUAAUAAAAGAACAGGAUCAAUUAAUAAAUAAUUAUUUUCUAAAAGAUUCUGCUAUCGUUGUUUUAUGUUAUUUAGAAAUUAAUUUAUAAAUUUUAUCUAUUCGUGAAGAUGGAUAUUUGAAAUUAUGGGAUACUUUAAGUGAAUAAUUAAUUAAAAUAUAUAUGAGUUAAUUAUCUUAAUUGACUUGUAUCAAUAUGAAUUCAAAUGGAUAAAUUAUUGUUGUAAUCUAUUUUAUCUUAUUAUUAUUAGACUUCUAUGGAUGGAAAUGCAUAGCUAUGGGAUUUAAGAGGAGAAAUACCAUUGUAUUAAUUAAAUGGUGAUGGAAAAGCUUUAACUUGUACAUGGAUUGAUAAUAAAAUACUUUUUGGAAGGAUCAACUAAUAAAUUAUAUAUUUAUUAUUGUUGAUACCAAACCUUAUUUAUUAUUUUUUUAUUUAGUAUUUUAUUUACAAUUAUCAUCAUUAUUCUUAAUAUAUUAAUUAUUUAAUAAUGAAGGCUGAAGUUUCCAAAAGCAAAUUAUCCAAAGAAGACUAUGAAAAAUUGAAGAGAGCUGAAAGAAGAAAAAAUAAUAAGAACAAAAAGAAAUGCAAUAAAGAAAUGUAAGAAAUUUAAGAGGAGAUAGUCAAAGGUGAUGAAGAAUAGGUUGUGUAUGAUGAAGAGACUUUCCAAGAAAUUGAAGUAAUUAUCGGAUACAAUCAUUUAGAUAGAUGCACUUAUUACAGGCAAACAUUAUGACAAUUUUAAACAGGUUUUUGAUAAUUUCAAUCAACAUGCAGAAAGAUUAAUGAUGAAGACAUAUGAAAAGGUUUAUGAAACAGAAAAAGAAAAAGAAAAGGAAUAAGAAGAAUAAUAGGCAGCUGAAUAACAAUAAUAAUAAUAGCAACAAUAAAUUCAAUAAUAAAUAAGUGAACCAAAUUAAACAAUUUAAAAUUAUUUAUAAUAGGGAAAAAAAAAAGAGGCUAAAUUAUCAAAAAAAUAAAGAAAAUAAUUGAGAUGGUUAAAAGUAGCUGAAUUGAAGUAGAAAGUUAAAAGGCCUGACCUCGUUGAGUUUUGGGAUAUUACAUCUCCAGAUCCAAAUUUUUUAAUAUAAUUGAAGAGUGUACGUAAUUCAGUGACUGUUCCUAGACAUUGGUCUUAGAAGAGAAAAUAUUUAUAAAAUAAAAGAGGAAUAUUGAAAGAGCCUUUUUAAUUACCAGAUUAUAUUGAGAAGACAGGAAUAGCAAAAUUGAGAGAUCCUUUUGUUGAUAGAGAUGGAGGUAAGAUGGUGAGAUAGAAAUUGAGAGAGAGAAUGAAUCCAAAAUAAGGGAAAUUAGAUAUAGAUUAUUAAAUAUUACAUGAUGCUUUUUUUAAAUAUUAGACAAAGCCAUAAAUGACAAAACAUGGAGAAAUAUAUUUUGAAGGAAAAGAGGAAGAGAUGAGAGCUAAAAACUUUUGUCCAGGAAAAAUGAGCGCAGAAUUAAGAAGUGCAUUAGGUUGUACUGAUUUUUAAGCACCUCCUUGGUUACCAAAUAUGUAAAGGUAUGGUCCUCCUCCAAGUUAUCCUCAUAUGAGAUUUAUAGGAAUGGCAAGUAUAUUUGCAGAACCAUCUUCAUAUCAUACAUCUGUAAAAUAAGUGAUAGAAGAUUCAUGUAAAAAAGCAGAUUAACCAGGAUUAUAUGCUACCUUUAAAUAUUAUGAUGAAGAAGAUUUAAAUGAAUUAUCUUAAAAAACAGGAUUAUAAGGAGAUGCUCCUGUAGAUAAAUCAUUAUGGGGUAAGAUUGAUGAAGUAGAAGAUGAAGGUGAAGUAGAAUAAGAAGAUGAAGAAGAACCAGAAGUAUAAUAAAGAUAAGAAUAAUAAUAAUAAUAAUUUGAUAAUUAAUCAUUUUAAUUUGGUGAUUCUGAUACUCGUAUUCCUGGUAGAUCUAUUAGUGGAUUAUAAACACCAGAUGUUGAUUUAAGAAGAAGUAAAAUUAAUAAUAAUUAUUUAUUUAGAUUUAUAAAAUGAUCCAAAACCUUUAUAUUAAUAGUUGGAAUAGGUAUAAAUUGAUCCUAGUAGUGGAAAUUAAAUUUUUAUGACGGGACAUACAUAUGUAUUACCAAAAUAAUGAUUAUUAUUAUUAAAAUAAAUAAUUCAGAUUGG